GUGGCUGUUGUCCCGUGUCUCACCAGGUUGAGCGUUUCUGCUCUGAUAGGAAGACCCCACCUCUCUCUCUCUCUCUCUCUCUCUCGCUCUCUCUCUCUCUCUCGCUCGUGUUUACUAUAGGUGAGGUAGCCCUGUAUAUAAAUUCCUGAGUGUGCGCAGAUCGCAUCCUCAAGAGGCAGAGGAGUGCGUAAAAGGAGGAGGAGGAGGAGGAGGCUGCGUAGAGAGCUGGGAAAACAAGCGGAGCGAACGGAAAGAGCUGUCGCUGCUGUGUUUACUGCGCGCAGGUGGAAAAAAAACGCAGACUUCCAGGGUUGAGGAGGAAGCUCACUGGAUGCAGGGAGGAGGAAGAGAAGCGUGGAUGCUACAGGGAGAUUUAUAUUUAGGUGUCUUUCAUUGAAUCCUAUCCUGAGCCGUAACGUGGAAUACGCUUUUGCAGCAGGGAUGAUGGAGCUCAGCUGUCGGAAUUAAGGUAGGACAUGUUUUAUUGGCACCGUUGAGCCAUUUUCAGCAGCACGAUGAAGGCAAUCGCGUUGCUAGUUUUACCCCCAAAUCACGCCUGGUUAUUCACAUAGACUAUAGGCUACAAUAGGAGGUUAUAUCUCGAACUUGAGGUGCAUCUGAGGAGCGAUGAUGCGCGCAAGAAACCGCUCCGAUGCAUCCACAAUGCACCGGCCUGCAUCCGAGCGUAUAGACUCCUCCUCCUCCUCCUCUUCCUCUUCUUCUUCCUGCUGCUGCUGCUUCUUCUCGCAGCUGAUACCCAGGAAUAAGAGCCAGAGCAGGGCUAUUAGCAGACAGGGAGCAGUGGGAUGUGAAUGAUUUGUGAUUAUUCCAGGUUUCAGACACCAGAUGUGUCUCAGUGGUUGGGUUUCUCUCUGUGCAGAAAAUUAUAAUGAGAAUGUUUUUUUCCACACUUCGAGUUUUACAAGGUGGUGGUUUGGUUAAUGAAUCCUCCAGUCUGUGUCUGUCUUAUUUCAGAGCAUUCAUGUGAUUCUUCCUCUUCCUGUGUUAUAAAUUAUAUAUGUCAAAUACUGUUUCAGAUUGCGGGAUCUUGAUGCAGUCGGCUGAUCAGACAUCAGAUGUUUUGCAUAUUUAUUUCCAAACCUCAAGUAGAUAUAUUUAUGUUCAGAAACUGUCAGGAGAGCCCAGGCGCCUGAAUUGCCUAUCUCAAUGACAAGGAGAUGACCUGUUAAGAAAAUCUGUGUUUGUUUUGUCACAGUCACCGUACAACACGAGAACAUGACAGUCCUGUUCGAGGUUUUGGUUUAUAUCAUUAUCUCGCACAGCAGGUAAAGCACAUUACUUGUUCCUGUCAAGGAAAACCGAGGGAGAGUGGGACACUUGAAAAAGCUCAGACAAGAAAUAAUGCAUUUUCGCUCUCCGCCGAGCGUGUACAGGCUGUUGUCCUUGGAGAAAUGACAAGCUUUGAAGAGGCCCCGUAGAUUCUCUCUCUCUUUUUUAUUCCACAUCCAUCAUUUCAUCUCGACCACUUUAACAUAACCGUGAUGCUUCCAGUGCGGGAUGUAAAUAACCAGCUGUGGCACCGCUCUCUCCACACAACACUGGUUUUCUAAUUCAUUAACAUGCGGCAGUUCCUACAUAGGGGUUGUCAGGUCUAAGAGAGAGGAGGGGGUCUAAUAUCAUUUUCCUCAAACUUCAUUCAAGGUAGUGUCUUUAUCGGCUUAGAUUUAUGGUCCAGACAGGCUGCUCUGCUCUGCUCCUCUGUCCUGCUCUAUCCACACGUCCUCAAAUCAUGUUUCAUUGUAGUAUUGAUUUGAUAUCCUCAGAGAUCAGACACAGUGACUCAUCCAGAUCCCUAGAAACGACUGUACUCUCGUCUGUCCCUUUAAUAACAAAAGUACAUUCAACAAAAAAAGCUUCACUGUGAUUUGGAGUAAUUCUAGAAAUUUCUCAGAUUGCCCUCACUGAGAGACUGGCACAGUAUUAGCUGGCUCCAAAGGGUCAUAGUAAGGAGUAAAAAUAUGUUUAUUGAUCACAGCUCAAGGGCUUUUUCUCUUCUGCUUACUUUUGUAGGUCAUUCAAUACUGCCUGCUCCUCGCUCGUAUAUGAUAACUCAGGCCUAACUUACAAUCCGUGGGAAGUUAAACUGCUCUUUAGGGUAAUCUGCCUCUCUUGCUCUCAGAGUUUAAAAGAAGACUUGACCUUUGAAUUGAUCAGCUGAUCGUGGCAGAUUGCUCUCCACCAGUAAAUCUCAUCCCACUCAAGGUUUUGGUCUGGUUAAAGAAGUUUUGUCUUGGACGGAUUAACUUUGGCUGCCAUGGACAGUAUCAAGAAGACUUGCCGUUUGAGAUUGAUUGUAUUUUCUCCCCUUUCUUAGUUCUCCUGAUCUUCUGGUGACCACGAGCCCCCAUGGCGCUUAUUCACGAACCCCGUGCCCCCUCUCCGUCUCUCUCCGGUUUCAACACACCCCUCUCCGACCCUCCAUCCUUCCGCACCCUCGAUGCCGUCACACCCUGCACCCCUGAAAUGGACCUGACCCCGACUCAGUGCGUUCUCCGCAACGUACUCUCCAUAGACACCGGAGGGGCUGUGGAGCCCGGCGGCGAUGGAGGAGGAGGGGGAGGAGGAGGAGGAGUAGAGGGGCAGAUUCCUGGACACAACCAGACGCCAGGCGAGGAACAACAGGAGCACUUCGCCAACAGUGUGCUGAAGCUCCAUGAGCAUGAUGGGAGCCCAGGACGGACGGAGGGAGAGGGGCAGGAGCUGGACAGCAGUGCGGUCAGGAGCCAGGCGGAUGACGCCAGGUUACAGUGCCAGUCUACGGGAGGGGGAGGAGGGUUUCUGGAGGGCCUGUUUGGGUGUCUGCGGCCUGUCUGGACUAUGAUCGGGAAAGCUUACUCAACGGAGCACAAACACGACCUAGACGGUGAGUGUAGUAGUGAAAUUGAUACACAAAGACACAUCACCCCUCUAUGAAUCGAUUCCUUAUUUAUGAUACUCUAAAGGGUUCGUUUUUAUAUCCUAUUUCUGAGUGAGUUUACACUUGAUAAAUAAAGAGAUACAUUAAGAGAGAAAGGAGGUAUGAGGACAAGUAAAUUUAAAUCUAACUGUUACUGUCUUCACUCACCAAGCACAAGUAAAAUCAUUCGCGCGAAUGAAUUACAUGUUUAGUCAAUGCAAAGACGCGAUUAGUCGCUCCUACGACUCUGGCGGCGCAAAUUGGGCGAAUCUCAACUUGAGCAGAUAUUUGCGUCGCAAUAACUACUCAGCACGAAGGUUGCCAGGUGACAUGAAAACAGAUGGUUGUUCACUGGUAUCUAAAAUGGAGGACAAACUGAUCGUGUCGGUGUGCGGGUGCCCUGAUAUUAUAAGAUACCGUUUCUUUCAAUUACCGAAUCUGGAAUAAAAAGAAGUUCACCUGGAGACAAGUGAGUGAGGAGGUCGGAUUACCUGGUAAAUUGUAAAAAACUUUGUCUAGUUUUUGAACCCGCCGGUUGAAUUGGCAGGGAUUACCAAUGAAAUUACAGUUGAUGCGUAAAUGAAGUGAGUAAAUACUACUAUUCAUUAACGUGUCUAGAUUCGCGCGAAUUAAGCGAGUAGAUGAUAGUAUACCACACUAAAAUACUACAUCUACAGCUAGAAUAUUUAUCUAUAUGAUAUAUUUGUCUACCACUUGAUCCUGCUGCUUGAAUUGACAGAGAUUCCUGAUGAAAUCACAGUUGAUGCGCAAAUGAAGUGAGUAAAUACUAUUCAUUCACACGUCUGAACUCGCACGAAUUAAGCGAGUAGAUGAUUUUAGUGUGAGCACCCCAUUAGUAUACCACACUAAAAUACUACAUCUACAGCUAGAAUAUUUAUCUCUAUAAUAUAUUUGUGUACCACUUGAUCCUGCUGCUUGAAUUGACAGAGAUUCCUGAUGAAAUUACAGUUGAUGCGCAGAUGAAGUGAGUAAAUACUAUUCAUUCACACGUCUAAACUCGCGCAAAUUAAGCGAGUAGAUGAUUUUACUCGCGCUUGGUGUGAGCGCCCCAUUAGUAUACCACACUAAAAUACUACAUCUACAGCUAGAAUAUUUAACACCAACUGGAAAAAUUUGACAGCACAUGAAUCAUCAGAUUAAUAACCUACAAAUAAAUGAGGAAAAGGUCAACAAGGGUCAAGAAUGAGAGCCUUAAAGUCCAGUCAGUAUUAAAUCAGAAAUCUUGGGCUUAAGAGGACGGUGUGUACGGUAAGAAUUGAGUGUAAUUAAUUGAUCCUGUCUCCCAUUUUCAUUAUACUAUAUUAUACAGCUGGUAACAAAAAAUGACUCCAACAAAAGCCAUUUUGUUAACAAACGCUUCCCUUGGCAUGAAGGAGCAGCAGCCAUACAUAGAGACUCUAUCAAAGCUGCAAGGGGCUUAUUCUCCCCCUGAUGUCCCCCCCGCCUCACUUGCCUCCCUCUUCCACCAGCCCCCCUCAUGAACCUACCUCCCUGUGACGCUGUGUUGUUUAUGUCUGCAGCCACUACAAUAGCGCAGAGCUCCCUCGGGACUCCUCUGCCAAAUCUGCCUCAUGAAUUAUGCAUGGCCACGCUCUGACCCCGUGCCUCUCAUCUCUAUUAACGCAAACCUGACACACGCACACAUCCGCGCACACACAUGUAUAAGCGAGCGGGGAUGCCUGCUCGCACACAUAAACACGUCAACAAAUAGGAGCAGUUGAUAUCAAGCGCUGACAAGAAGACAUAAAGUCAGAUAAGGUGCCAAAAAUAAACUUGACGGUAUAAAUACAGCGCCGUACAUCAGAUUUGAAGGUGGCAGAUUUAUACGUCUCCUUGUCUUUAUAGCCUUCUGAAAUUUUAUCACCAAUUUGACUUCCACCGCUCCCCUCCUCCUUCCUUCCUUCCCUCCUUCCUACCAUAUCUCAUUGUCCCCUUUUUUUCCUUUUCAUCCCGUGCCCUUAUCUCUCCCAUCCCAUCUGCACCUUGCUGCUCGCCUCCUCUGUGUGGUAUGACACACACUGACAAGAGCAAAAUGGAUAUUAUAAAAAGUGAAAUAAAUAGGGGUAUUGCAGCUGAAUGCCUGUCUCCUUUAUCAAAAUGCUCUAUUCUUAAGCUUUGAUUUGAUGGCACAAUGCAGCACAAUAGAGAGCAGGGAAAAUGUCCAUCUUUUAUUGAUUGUGAAAGACAGCGGGGUGCCUGGUGAAGCUCUCAAUUUCCUCAUAUUUUCAGAUCAAACAAAAGCAGACCUGGCAGUAAUCUUAUGUGUCAGAUGCGCCCGUAUGUCUGUACUGUGGGACAUAGAAGCGCCUCAUUAGAGACUGAAUCCUCAAUUUAUCAUGGGGGAACAUUAGUCCUACAUUUUAUCCUUAUUAAUAUGAUAAAUGUGUCUGAAUCUACGAUGUAUUUAAAUUAAGAACAGCAGCAGAGCAGGCUGUAAAUUUUCUCUAUAUUAACAAUCUGUCUUUGGCCUCAUGGACCCCUGCUGACCCACUGGGAAUCCGCUUCUUUUUUUUUUACAUAAACACAGCCACAACCACGACUAGUACCACUGCACCUCCUUAUUCAGCAUCCAUCCAUAUUAGGCUCUCAAAUCCCUUCCUUCUGCCAGCCCUCUCCUGUGCGUUGAGCCCCUGUUUCGCGUCAGCCCCACAAUGGCACUAAGCAGGAUUUAGGAGGCUGAGGGAGAAUUACUCACUGGAGAUUAGAGCUCCCUGUCUGUCUGCCUGCACAGCCUGAGUCGUAGGUUAGGGUGAGGUUCAACCACUGAACAAGAUAUCGGCCUCGGCUCUGUGCUAACUGGAAGAGCCAGGGCUUACUGUUAAAUAUGUGGCCAACUUUUGCCAAACAGCUAAGCCUCUGCAGUGCUGUGUCUGGUAUUGGUUUCAUUUUCAGAUUUUAGUGUAUAACAUAUCUUUAUAAUCAGCCUUGAUUUACUAGUAUUAGCUUUGGACAUAGUUACAAUUGUCGGCCAGGCUUCAGCAACACUUGAAAUCAACUUGAUUUUAUCAAUGAAGGUGGUAUAAAGGUAUAGCUAGGGCUGGGCGAUAUGGCCUCAAAUCAAUGUAACGAUAUAUUGAGCAGUUCACCUCAAUAAUGAUAAAUAGACGAUAACUAUUCCACAAGCUGCUCACCCCCUCCCACAUUAACUCUGUCUACUUAAGCCGCUACAACUUUUGAACCGUCCUCCAUCUCCUCACCUGUCUUUCCCUCUUUGUUAUGGACUGGAUGGGGUGGAGUCACGUCUCUGAUGUAGGACAGCGACUUAAAGGGACAUGAGACCAUAGCCUACCUACACACAUCCAAAUCCAACUUUGAUUUAUUUAUUUUUUUGAUACCAAAUAUAUCGAUAUGGGCAAAAUGUCGUUGGUUAUUGUUGUAAAUUUCGGUAUCUGUAAAUUUUCUGUGUAUCUCCCAGCCCUAGGUGUAGCUAAACAUUUUGAGCCAAAAGAUUCAUUAAAUUCCAGCAGGGAGGUAGAUGAUAAAGUCUACAGUAUGCUUAUGUCUGUUUGGUGUCUAUGAAGAUACUGUUAGCAGCAAAUUAGCCUAGCCUAUAAUACAUGAAGCGGAUUGUCUAGCUAGGCUAUAUCCAACACUGGCCUAUAACCACCCCCAAAAGUAAUUCACAGGUUAUUGUAAAAGUUUUGUACACAUUGAAACAUAAAAUAUACAAAAAUAGAGAAAUGUUAUAACCUGUUAUUUAGAUAAAAAAGAUAGCUAGGCUAGCCUCCUUCAUGUUUCCAGUGUCAAUGCUAAACCAAGAUUACGAGCUAACUAGCUGAUUAGCUGCAGGCUUACUAUUGUUGAUACCAUUCAGGUGUGGUAUCAACCUUUUUUUUACGAAAAUCUCUAAUAGUUAUUAGUUUCAAAGUGUGGAGAGAGUUAUGCCAAAGUAUCUUUCUACAGUUACUGGGAAGGGGUGAAGCAGAACCAAUCAUAACAAACAGUUAACUAGAUGAGAUUAAAUGAAGACUGAAAUAAAACAGAAAAUUUAAAACAUAUUUUGAUUAUUGAUCAAACAUGUGACUGUAAGUAUUCAGUAUGUAGUGUUUAUUUAACCAACAUCAGCAGCAAACCCUAAUCACUCAGAUUUGUCCACAUGCCGUGAGACGAUUACUUCACUUGUAGUUUUAAAUGUUUGAGUGUUUUCUAACAAACCAUCUCUCCACAAAGUUAAUUUUUACUCAAAAGUAUGCCACUGUUCUCUUUGCGUGGGUGGUUGAUUUGGGAGGACAGCUAUUUGAAAGUGGCGUCACCAGCGCCGUCUCUUGGUACACUGCUCAGGGAAGCAGAUGAUUGCAAUGAAGAAUGAAUGGAAGCAAAUUUGCAUGAGCAGCUGUUUAAAGUGCCUUAGAAAGGCUGUCAGAUUCAUCAGUUUCAGCUCAGUUAUCUCAUCUAAGCAGGUGAGAAGUAGCUCUAAUCUUCAGCGGUCAAUAUGACGGGGAAAUGUCUACAGCGAUACACUCACCUGCUUUGCCUUUCCCUUUCCCAAAUCUCAGAGGCGUGGGAGGUCCCCUUUGAGGAGAUUUCUGACCUGCAGUGGGUGGGCAGUGGAGCUCAGGGUGCUGUCUUUCUGGGUAAACUCCACGGACAGGAGGUGGCUGUAAAGAAAGUACGAAACAUCAAAGAGACGGAUAUCAAACACCUGCGCAAGCUGAAACAUCCCAACAUCAUCACAUUCAAGUAAGUAGAAAUAAUCGGCUGGUAUUAGAUUUAUGUGUUGCACAGGAAUGGUUUGGUUUUGCCAUCAUUCAAAUUACCCAAUCAGACUUUUAGCUUCUGUUUUAACACAAUCAUCAUACUUCUGCCGUCUCUCAGGGGUAUUUGCACCCAGGCUCCGUGUUACUGCAUCAUCAUGGAGUACUGUGCUCAGGGACAGCUGUAUGAGGUGCUGAGAGCGGGCAGGAAGAUCCAUCCCUCUCUGCUCAUGGACUGGGCCAUGGGUAUCGCCGGUGGGAUGAACUACCUUCACCUCCACAAGAUCAUCCACAGAGACCUCAAGUCACCAAAGUGAGUUUGAUAUUAAAGUUCAAUUUUUCUGUGAAAGUCAACACAUCGUUGGAUAAAUAUAACCUGUUUAAGUGCUGUAUUAAUAUCAUUUCUAAAGCUGGGAAGAGUUGCAAUUGUACAAGUCUAAAUGUUAUGAGUUAUAUUUGUGAGUUUCAAGCUGAAUCUUACUUUAAAUACUUUGAUACCCAUAUUUGGGCUAAAAGUCCCCAGAUUAGUAACCUCUGUUUUACAAAAAUAUAUAUUUUUUGUCCUGAAUUUAGAUGUAAAAAUGUGCAGACUUUUACUCUGAAAAUCCUAAUGCUGCUGCACAGGAGUUCAUCCUUUUUUUGUAGUGUAAAGAUGAUGAGUGUGAAUAACUACACCUCAUUAAAGAGCUGAUUUUCUCACCAUUCAUUGACGCUUGUGUCUUGACUCAUACUUGUAACUGCUAAUUGCGAUGUUUUAUGCUUUAUUCCAGCAUGCUCAUCACCUAUGAUGACGCAGUGAAGAUUUCUGACUUCGGUACAUCCAAAGAGCUCAGUGACAAGAGCACAAAGAUGUCCUUCGCCGGCACGGUGGCCUGGAUGGCUCCUGAAGUCAUACGCAAUGAACCCGUCUCAGAGAAGGUGGAUAUUUGGUAGGUAUAACAAUCCUUUUCCACUCUUCCUCUCUGCAUUGUUGGACCUCUGCAGUCAGUGCUUAUGGUCUGUCUUAUCCGUCAUAACAUCUCAUUAGUUACAGCCUACUACAGUAUAGAGCCCAGGAUCCUAUUUCCAGAAAAUCUAUUCUGUAAUAUGUACAAUAUCUCAUUACAUGAAACUCUAUAGGGCCCCUGCCAUAUCUGAUGGGUUACCCUGUGUUAAACCCCGACCUCCCCCUCCUCAAUACAUCCUCCCCCUGUCUCUCCCUCCAUCACUCUUCCUCUCCACCCUGAAAGGAACGCAGGCUAAUUUAAUAAUUGAUUUGCCAGAUGCUGCAGUGCUCAGGAGAGGCUGGAAUAACCUCUCAGCCCGCGGAUGGUUUGGCCUCCAGCCAGCAGUGCAUUAGCAAAGAAGUGAAAACAGGAUUAAAAAGCUUUUGAUGCAGAAAGAAAAGCAAAAGCCUGGCUUUAUACUUAACAGUUUUGUUUAAAUUUAUGGAAAUGCUGCCGUAGUCCUUAACCACAUGGAGUGACUCAGAGAAGCAGCAGCUAUAGUGAAGUAUAAUCUCAGAUGUUUUCAGUUUUGUUAUACUUUGAACAGGUUAAGACACAUACUGUGGAUUUAAGCUCCUCUGAGGAGUUUCGGGCUGGAUAUGAAGUAGUCAGAAUUUUAUACCAAUGCUUCUGUAAGAGCUGCAAAAGCAAACAAGACCAUCAGAGAGAAGAUUGAAUACUCCUAUACACGUAUCUAAUAGACCUGUCACUGAACGGUGUAGGUGUCAGAUAAGGUGAUUUAAAGAGGCUCCCCAAACAACCUUUUUUUUGUUCCAAUGUCAGGUUUCAUUGCAAACAACAGAGUUUUAUCAAAGAAUGAGAUUUUUAUCAGAAAACACUUUUGACAUACAGACAGAGCAAGAUUAGCAAAGAGAUGAAUCAUGCUGCUUUUUCCACAGAGGGCAUUGAAACCAAUAUGUCCCUAAUGUUACUUACUGAAGCCUAAAUCAGCUGGAGAUAAAAUUUUAUAGAAACUAAGAAGUCAAUUUAAAUAUCAAUUAACUGUAUAUUUGUAUAUUUAUUUUCUAUAGCUAUAGAAACUAUAGCUUCCCAAACAGGACAGCAAAUACACAAAACAAGUGAAAUAAGAAAAAAUUAAAAAAACGUUAAACAAUCUGUGGCUGACAAAAAGUGACAAACCUGUGUACUUAUACAACGUAAUGUGAUCAAUUAGAUUACAUCUGACAAAAAGCCUUCUUUAUACAAUUUUACUUGUUUAUUUAUUUUUAUUUUCUUUUAUAACAUACUGGAAAGUUAAAAGGUGUAUGCUUAAUUUAGUGAGGUUGCAGUGGGUAGCUUUGUAUUAUUUUAACUAAAAAAGCUAUCUAAAUCAGCUAAAUAUUAGCUUUUUAUCUUAUUUUGAUGCUCUAGUCUGAUAAAAAUGAUUGACCACAGGGGUGAGGUUGCAAACACUUACGAGUAUUUAAAAAUUCUUCAAAUUGAACCAGUAUGACAAAGAUGUAGCAACGUUUUAACCUUCUGAAGGAGUCCAUAAAGCACUAAACAAUGUCACGUUUAUGAUGGCAGAGAUUAGGCAGAUUUACUAGCGCACAUAAAUAGGAGGCUGUUGUGAGUAUGUUCUCUAGUUUUAGUUUUAAGUUACAUUUUAUUUUGUGAAACGAUACUAACACAUCAGAAAUAUAUCUUUUCACAAUUAGCAAAUAUAUUGUUUCAAAGCCAGCAUCAUUAUCAUUUUAAUUUCUCUUUUAGUAAAUAAAAAAGUAUGGAGAUAAUAACCAGACAGGAAAAGUCACGUCAAAAUCACAUGUAAUGAAACAAAAGCGGCGUAACCCAAAGUGAAAUAAAGAGGAAAUCAUUCAGCCUGACAAGUAAACUCAAGUUUUGUCUUCUGUAUCAUAAAUCAUAAGCAGAAUCUAAAAAUACUCAUGUGAACAUAACAAGGUUUUACCCCCACUCAACCCUGCCUGUGAUGCUACUGGCACCCUUGGAUAUGGAAUAUGGUCACCAUGGCAACUAACGAGUCACCAGCAACAUAUCAUCCAUAGUUACGCUCCCAUGGGGGCUCCAGUAUACCUUUCAUAAUAAACAGAGCAAGAGCUGAAGGCAUGAAUGGAACAAUAAAAACAACAAGGAAAUGAAACAAGAAACAAAAGAGGGAAAUAAUCAUAUAAUCGUAAUAAUAUUCGAACUAACUAACUGUAUUUUUUGUGGCUCGUGGUAACUAAAGCUCCUGUGAGGAGUUUUUGGCUGGUUAGGAAACUUCUACAUUGUAAUUUCUGAUACAGUGGAAAGGGACUAACAGCAUGCAGAUAGAAAGCUUUUUUUUAAUUUUACUCUCUUUACUGAAAAUAUUUAAAAUAAGUCAUGUGAUUUACUGUUUUAAAAGAGGUGAAAUGAAAACACAGCAUAUUUGUAGGAUGAGAUAUAAGAUAUUCUUCUUUAUGCACUGAACUCCCAAAGUUAUCAGAAAUAAAACAGUUUUAGCUAAUUUUUAUUGAUACCUUUAAUUAUUAUGUCCCCAAACUUGUUUAGAUUCAAGUAUUUUGUGUCCUCUGUCAAAUAUCAAUACAAACAACUGAUUGAGAUUGAGAUGUAAUACUGGGAUUGAUUUUUUUACUGAAUCGUUAAAUUAAAAAUAGUAACCUGAAUCCAAAGCAAAAUCAUCCUCUAAGUGAAAAGUGACAUUUUCAAACCAAUUUUUCUUUCCUUUAAUUUGACAUCUUCUUCAAAGUGUCACAAAGUAAAGAUGCGACUUCUCCUCUUCAGGUCGUUUGGCGUGGUGCUGUGGGAGAUGCUGACAGGUGAAGUACCAUACAAAGACGUGGACUCCUCCGCUAUUAUCUGGGGAGUGGGAAACAACAGUCUGCAGCUGCCUGUACCUGACAGCUGCCCAGACAGCUUCAAACUGCUCCUCAGGCAAUGCUGGUGAGUUGACUUGAGGGUAGAUGAAGACAGAGGAGGAGGGAGGGAGGGAGGGAGGAUAUGGAAAAAAAGAAAAGUUGAAGCAUCAGCACAAAGAGAGUGUAAUGAAGUUGAAAGCUUUAAUUAAGCCGAGAGAGUAAAAGUUGUCUACAGGAGGAAAAGAGGAGAGUAAUUAUGAGAGGAAAGGUCGUUUAAGUCUACGUUCCUUCAGCGCUGAUGAAACAUUUGUUGAAAAUGUUCACAGGAACUGCAAGCCGAGAAACAGGCCUUCGUUUCGACAGAUUCUCCUGCACCUGGACAUCGCCUCAGCGGAUAUUCUGUCCACUCCACAAGAAACCUACUUUCAGUCUCAGGUGAGCCUCAUACCGGGAGUGUUCAGUCAAUCUGAGAAACUUAAUAAAGGAGAAAACUGGACUGACUCAUAGUAACCUUUUUGUUGGUAAUUGUUUUUCGGGUAACACUUUACAAUAACGAUAACUUAGAAAUAGUAAUAGACCAUUUAUAAAUGGUAAGCAGAUAGUUUAUUAAUGUUUAAUCAUCAAUUAUAAAUAGUAUACAGACCAUUAAUAUAUUGUACAUUUUAUCAUUUUAAACAACUAACCCUAACUUUAAAAUAACUAAGUCAAUAAUCUAAGUAAUGUUUACAAAGUGCUACUGACACACAUCUUAGUCUAGAUAUUUUACAACCAAUAUUCAAACCCUAUUUAAACCUUUAAUAAAUAGUCCAUUAAUAACUAUUGAAAAUUAUUAAUCAUGAUUUUUUUGCUUGUUAAAAGUAACUUUUCGCUUAAACAUUAAUAAACUAUCUAUUUGCCAUUUAAAAUUGGUCUAUAUGCUGUUUUUAAAGAAUGAUUAAUCUAUUUACCAUUUAUAAAUCAUGGUUAUUGUAAAGUGUUACUGUUUUUUGACUAACCACGACAAUGUGAGACAGAGUCUGUUUUUAAAUACCGUAUUUUUCGCACUAUAACGCGCACCUGAUUAUAAGGCGCACCAUCGAUGAACGUGUCUAUUCGCACCUAUUUUCAUACAUAAGGUGCACCGGAUUAUAAAGGGCAUUAUUAUAUUGAACUCAUUCAAUAACUCCCUGAGGCUACAGUAGCUGCAGUGCUCCGAUAAGCCAAAAGGAUUUUAAGUGCACCUUAUAGUGCAAAAAAUACAGUAAAUAUAAAAAAAUCAAUCCUUUAAACACUGAGACACGGAGGCCCCUUUUAUUAUGUUUAAAUUCAUUCAAUUUAUAUCAAAUUUGUUUGUUUUAUCAGUGAUAGUUCACACAUUAAAGACGAUAGGACUCAAAUGAAGUGACAAACAGCGGCUCAGUGCAAUUAAGAGUAAGGGGACCAUCAUUUCUCAAGUUAUAAUCACACGCUGUGACAUCAGACGAACCCCAGCUUUCUGUCUCUUAAUAAAAAGCCUCCUGUCAACAGCAGCCGCUAUCUCUGAAACUCAUUUUUCUGUCAGCCAAACACCAUUUGUUUCCAGUCUGCUGAAGAAACCACGGGCAGUGCAGCUGCGGCGGGGCCUCUGGCCUCUCGGGAGCCCGCUAAUAAUACCUGUGCUUUCAAUCACAACAUACUAUUUGUUGGUUCCUCGGGUCUUUGUUCCCUGUCACACAUGAAGGCUAAUUUAUGGUCAGAGGACGAGCCUUUCGCAGCCUCCAUCAUAUCCGAGCCUGAUGGAGAAGGUCGUGUGAUAGAGAUGGAGGAGGGGGAGGCGGGUGUGUGUGUACGUGUGUGUGUCUGUGACAGAGUGGGGGAUGGGUACGCAUGAAGAAUAUCCCGGACAACUGCAGAAUGAACAGAUGAAGGACAGGAGACCUUAAGAAAAAAGUAUAACUGUGUGUAAAAGAGAUGUGUUUACUCAUCCAUACACAACCACAGCACAUUUAUAACUCCAGCAUGUAUAAUCAUGGGACACACUCGUACACACAAACACACAAAAUGAAAUUCAUUUCAUUUCCUCUUCGCCCUCUCCUCCUUUUAUACCGUAUAAUAUAAAACUGAAAACCUCUUUCACUCGUCCCACUUAUCCUUGAUCCUUUAUUCCUCCCUUUUCUCUCUUCCUCCCCCCAGUUUCUCCCCUCUCUUCGUCCCAUAAUGGAUUUUUCUUGUGACGUUCGAAAGAAAUAUUUGCUGCUGCUGCUGGAGUGUAUUGAUUGCUUUAAUGGCAGGGCACAUAGAGCAAAUAGAGAGGAGGAAAAAAGGGGACCGGAGACGUAGGAGAGUGCGCACAGAGUCCAUUAGCUUAAUAAGAAGAGCAUCACUCCUGCACGCGCAGAAAUGCACACGCGUAUGCACACACACAUGGCUGACAUAUGUUGUCUCUGCACAUGCCUGUUUGUGCACACGCUCAUAAAUCUGGACUGUCUUUGUCCUUUGAUAUGACGGGUAUCAGAUAACAGCUGUCAUGCUCCGCUGUGGACAAGAAAAUGCCUACGCUGCUUAUUUUCUCGGCUCAUGUCAUGUCAGUUCAUGUUCAGUUUCUCUCCAUGUGUAUUGAUUAUCAUCUGACAGCUUAAUGGGGUUUUGUUUCAAGAAUGAACCCAAAUCAAAGUCAUUGCAAAAGGGCUGGGCGAUAAAACGAUAAUGAUAUAUAUUGAAAAUUAAUUUCCCUUGAUAUCGAUAUGAAACACAGUCAAUAUGCUUUUCGAUAGUCAGCAUUCUGCCAUGUCUUAGUUGCUUUGGGUCCACUUCGCGCUAAACCCAUCAUGUGCUGAAUUAGAACAAAGUAUGGGCCAUGGCGCCUGUGCAGCCAAAACAACCGACCAUUCAGUCCGCUUUCUCUAGCGCAACGCCUUACGACAAAACGUCAAAGAGACACAAAGACCUCAAAGAUGCAGUAGCUUAUUGUAUUGCUAAAGACAUGCUACCAGUGAGCACUGUUGAAUUCCAUUUUUUAUAUCAUGAUAUAUAUCGAUAUCAACUGAUAUGAGAAAAAAAAAUAUAGUGAUAAUCUUUCCUAUGUCGCCCAGCCCUAAAUUCAGUGUAUUCUACCCGUAAUGUGAUGGUUUUGUUUUUAUUACUGCUCGAAUUAAUUCCAGUCUUACUUAAAUGUCCUGAUAGCGAACUUGUAUUCAAAACCUCAUGACUACCAAUUCCUCUCUGAUGCAUGUGUUUUAUGUGUUUUACCAGGUGGAGUGGAGGGAUGAGGUUCGGCAUCACUUCGAGAAGAUCAAGUCAGAGGGGACGUGUCUCCACAGACUGGACGAGGAGCUGAUCAAAAGACGCAGAGAAGAACUCAGGUGAGCAAACGACACUGUAACACUGACACACAAAAGUACUCGAGUGUGGAAAUAGUUUAAGGAGAUAAGGCUAAGAUUACCGUAGGGAUCCAUGAAAUUAUAGUAGCAGCAGUAGGUUAAUGUUUGUCCCAUUUUCCUCUCCGCACAGACAUGCGUUGGACAUCCGGGAGCACUAUGAGAGGAAACUGGAGAGAGCCAACAACCUCUACAUGGAGCUGAACGCCAUCAUGCUGCAGCUGGAGAUCAAGGAGAAAGAGCUCCUCAAGUAUGAGUCCUUCCACUUAUUUACGAAAUGUUCUCACUACAUUUGGAGUGUCUAAAAAAAAUCUAAUUUUCACAAAUGUCAGAAGUACACUGCAAAUUAUUUGGUUCUUACCAAGACAAAAAAAAACGUAGAUUUAGAAGUGUUAGAUAAUUUCUCUCGUUUUAAGACUUAAAUUCUUAUUUUAGAUGUUUAACUUUUCACUAUAAUCGUAUAUCAAGCAUCUUUCCAACCAGGUUUUACAGGGAUUAGGAUAUUGUAGUUUUCUACAGCGCCACAGUGGUGAAUGUAUGCUUGUUAUUCUUUAUCCACCAACACUGGUCGAGCUUUUGUAAUGAAGAGCAGGGAAAAGUUCAUCAGUAAUGUGAAGUGGACGGUCAUUACCUCCAGUCACAUAGGACCGUCGCAUGUCACAGAGUGCUCUCUUGUGCCGUGCUGAGUACCCGCUGACAUCCAUUAACCGAGUGUCGGUUUUGUGUCUUUAAACAUCAGGAGGGAGCAGUCGCUGGAUAAGAAGUACCCGGGCUGCUUCAAGCACCACAACUCCAGACAGUCCGCCUCCUCCAACUCCAUGGAGAAACUCAUGAAGAAACGCAACGUCCCCCAGAAACUGCCCUCACACAGCAAGAGGUAAGAAAGGAAGGGGUUGUAUAAAUCUUGUGUUAUUAGAUGGCUUUGUUUGACAUCUUUCCUUAUUGUUUAAAAACCCAAUGAAGUGGGUGAUGAAAGGUUAGGGUACGAUAGAGGAUUAGGGCCACAUGAAGAGAAAAAAGAUAAUUACAGGAAAGAGAUUAAAGUCGAAAUUUUGUAUUUGGAUUCUGAAAAGACUGUGCUGAAGAUUAUGAUUAUGAAGAUUAUGAUGCAGAUGCAGGGUUGCCGAUGGUUACAGUCCCCCCUGUGUAAGGGGAGAUAAACUAAAUGUGCAUUUUAAAGUUUUAAGAGUUUUUUUCCUUCCCUUAUUGCCGUCCAUUUUCAUUCCAGGCCAGACCUACUGAAGUCCGAGGUCAUUCUACCCAAACUGGACUCCUCGAUGACCCAGGUCACAAUCCCCAACAAGGGCUCUACCUCUCCUGGUCGCUCACGCCGAGGAAAACCCCGCUACAGGAAGGCGGGUAAAGGCAGCAGUGGGGAUCUGGCUCAGCUAAAGGCCACUCUCUCCUCUUCACUAGCAAUGGUCAACGCCACCACCUCUGUUCCCAGCAGCAAGCAGCACCUUGACCCCAGCGCAGCUCUCAGGGGCUUACAGCAUGACCUGCUGCUCAAGAAGAUGUACUCCUCAAGCCCAGAUCUCAUCUCGACCACCCUGGAGGCUGAAGGGCGAAGGAAGGGGCAGCUCAGGCCGGGGCUGGACAGAGCGGGCAGUCAGAGCGCCUCAGCAGGUCUGGGGGAGAGUAGAAGGACUGAGGGUCCGGAUGAAGGGCCGGAUGUGGGUGCAGGGACUGAUGACCUGGCAGACACACCCCCACGCAGUGACACGCCCAGCGAAGAUGCAGCAUCUAUUCCGUUCUCUAGCAGCCCCGACUCGCCAUGUGGCAGGGGGGCGGCUGCAGGAAGGGCAUCUGUGCUCGGGACAACACGCGUCCCAAAUGAUGGCGAGGAGAAGGAGGAGGGGACAGUGAUCACACGCUCGCCAAGGAGUCAACGCCUCACUCCUGCAGCUCUGCUGUACAGGGCAGCAGUCACACGCAGUCAGGUGAGAGUCAAACAGCUUUGACUGUGGUCCAUUUACACUAUUUAUGUUUGAUUUUAAAGCUCCAAUGAGAAGUUUUUGACAUUUAUGAAACAGACUGAAAUUCAUGUUGUGAGGGAAAGUGAGUGCUGGGAGCAAAAACAGGUGUACUCUAAAAUUUUUUUUUUUCUUUAGUUUAUUGAUGUCCAGCUUUAAUUGACACCAGUACGACACAGAUAGUCUAACCUUAAUCCUAAUCCUAACCAUAUAAUGAAUUAUCAAUUUCUGUCCCUCUUAUAUAGCUGAUUUUGACAGUACAUCUUCAACUGCAAAUUAAAGCUCCUGUGAGGAACUUUUGGUUUGGCGCCCUCUAUGGACAAUGCAGGCUUUACUUGUCCUAUCCUUCACAUGCACAAGUCGUGUCUUCUGACAGUCAAUUUCUUCCUUCUGACUUUUGACCAUCAAAUAUAGCUUUUAAAAAUAUAUAUAUUUUAAAAAAUAUUUCAUAAAUUUCAAAAAAACUCCUCUCAGUAGCUUAAAGUUUCUACAAACUCGAGGUUUUUAGUCAUGCAAGUGAUAAAGUCACAUAAUUAGCAAUACGUGUUGAUGAUUCAUCAUGUCCUGCUAGCCAGUGCAGCAUGAUCUCAUGGAUUCAUCAUGUUAAUUUUGUUCUUAUUACUGAGGUCUCACGCAUGUUGUUCGUUUUACCCGCAGAGACGCGGACUGUCGUCAGAGGAGGAGGAAGGAGAGGUGGACAGUGAAGUGGAGUUACCAAGGAGACGGUGAGGGAACUACAUUAUCCAAAACGCACUGUUUCCAUCCUGCUGUCUGUGUAGUCGUAUAUCCAUCUAUCACACAAAACCAAAACUGCAUCCAAAACUAUAAGGUUAAUGGUUUUUAAAGUGCGCUAUGUACACUGCAAAAAAAGGAGGGGGGUCUAAAAACAAGAUAAAACAGGAAGAUAAUUUCACUUGACAAGAUUUCUUCAAUUAAGAUAGUAAGAUCUAAGAAAAAGCAUCUGGAAGGCUUAAAUAGCCAAAAAUGCUGGUUUUAAAUCUAAGAUUUUUUGUCUCGGUAGGAACCAAAUAGUUUGCAGUGUAUCUUCAUAUAGGCGGUCAUGGGAAAAGUAUGUGCUGUUUUGACACGAACAUUGUCAAAGUUAAGUUUUCUCAAAGUUUACCCUGUAGAAUUUACACUCCAGCCCGUUGGAUUUGCAUGUAGGUCAGUGUCAUCCCCAACCCUUUUCUUCACAUUCACUCUGACUGUUUUCUCACUCAGGCGGACUGUGAGUAUGACCAAGUGCCAGUCCCUGUCCACCUUCAGCUCAGAGAACUUGUCUGUCUCGGACGGUGAGGAAGGAAACACCACCGAUCACUCCCACAGCGGCACACCUGACGUGGUUAGCACCAACACCGACGAGCGUCUAGACGACAAGAGCGACGACCUGCUGUCUCAAGGUUCGGAGAUUCCCGCUGACCCGUCUGACCCGACCCAGCUGGGCUCUGAUGGGCUGUCUGAGAAGGAGGCUAUCCUGCGGCAAGUCAAGACGCAGCUGGCUAGUAACGAUCACAAUUAUGAGGUAAGCUAAAAAUAUCAAGGGAACUUGAUAUAUAUAGAGAUGGGAGUCUGCUUCUUGUCCUGCUGUCAAACUACAGGAAGGGUAAUCUUGUUUUUUCCCCAUGCCAGGGUCUGUAUGAUGACUCCGACUGUGACAGUGCAGAGUUGGACCACUCAGGCAGUGCUGAACCCAACCAACCUCCAACCAACUGGUGAAAAUCUGACACCUCAGCCCUUUCGGUCGACUGCAGAUCAGGUUUUUAAACGCCUCUUUUGCUUUCCCCAAACUCGAUAACCCUUGGAGCCGUGUUUAAGAGCAUUGCACAGAGGCAGUGAAUGAAUCUGCUUCCUUCUUCACUCGCUGGAAUUUUGGUGAGUGUUCUCAAAACCCUGAUACACCUGAGAAAAAAAAAGACAGAAAAUCCCUUUUACUUUUGGGAUAAAUGCAUUACACUGAUAUGAAACUGAAUCUUCGAAUAAGCUGAGUUUUAAAAGCAACUGGCCUGGGAUCAGCUUCAAACUUCUCCUCAGCAACAGAGGCCUCAGUCAGAGGGGCAUCUACCCGACUGUCUCCUGUUAUCUUCUGUGUCAAUUUCUGUUUUAUCUCCAUUACUAGUAUGUGUCAUAUUAAUUCUCAUCAUUUCAUGUGACGAUUAUGAAAUACAAUCAGGGCAUUUAUUAUAUUUUUUUCUUCACUGACAUUGAUUGCACUUAAUUUGUGAAAAGUACUGAUUUCCUCCUGAUCAUCGUGUCAUACUUGAUUUACUAUCAAAGAUUAUGCACUGAUUAAUUUAUAAUUUUUUUACAGUAUCUUCUAAACCUUGUUUACAUUUUUGAUUUGUUUACAUUUUUAUUUAUAUUUGUAACAUGGGUUCUGUUUCCACUUUCUACUCCUGUGUUGAAAUAUCAAUGUAAAUAUGUGAUGUUGUAAAAUGAACAAAUUUUUAAAAAUGUGAGAUUGUAAAAUUUUAAAGGUGCUGAUGUUUCUCAUUAGGUGGCGCUACUCUAUUUGAACCUCAUAAAGCUUAUUGAUGGUAGAAUGUACUGUAGCUGCUGUUCAUGUCUGAGCGUCGAAACACGGAUGAACGAGGAACAACAGGUGAACAAAGAAAGAAGCAAUAUGUCUGCUCUGGUAGAGUAUGUGCUGUCCAUAGACUGUAUAUAGAAUGGAUGCCUUCUGCCUCCUUGCUGGGUGAAAAACAGCUCCCUCUGGUGACGGGCUGCAGUAUAGGUCAUAAAUCCCGCCUCCUCCAGCAAUCCCUAUGGAGCCGUGGACAAACUUUAGAAAUUAAUCACACAGAAUAUAAAUUUUUCUCCCCCUGGUUGCGAUGUUGACAUGUAGUUACUGUUAAGGUCCUUUCACACCAGGACCGUUUUUGUCAUGUGAUUAUUUCGGACGUCAAUAUAUUUUUUUUAACCCGUAUCCUGUCAAUACAAGCGUUCACAUCAGUGACGUUUUACCAUCCUGCAUUAUACAGCAUUUAUUUUUUCGGAUCAUCGUUGAUUUUUCUUAAGUUUCGCAUACUGUGUGUCCACUUCUGACCAAUCAGAUUGCGUAUUGUUGCAACAUCUGAUUCACUGGUAUAUCCAACAUGGCCGACCAGCUGAUUGUUUACAAACAUUACAAAGAUAACAACCUAAAGGACAACUUGCGGAGAGUCAUAGCGUCGCAUCUCUCAUAUGACAAUGGUUUGUGUGCUUUAACAGUUUGCUAAACGUCUUUAACUUUCAUCUGUGCUAACGUAAACCAACGGUUGUUAACAUAGUUUCAUGUGCUUAUCUCAUCGCCUCUGCUUGGCUAUAAGUGCUGACCGUUUGGCUUGGGCGUGUAAUGACGUUUCCAGCUUUUCUAGCCAAUCAGAGGUAAAGGAGGCGGGACUUUCCCCGGGAAAAGUCUUCCCUGGGAUGCGUCUCUUUCCCCCGGAAAGUCGCAAAAUCGCAUCUGGCUUGAUGUGUAUGGUCAGGCGUGUCAAAGUUCGCCUCUGAAUAUUUAGUAAUUUCGCGUUCUAUAUUCGCGUCGCCCUGGUGUGUAAGGACCUUAAGACUGGUUUGUGCUCAAGUCCUCUUUUUUUCUGUACAGCUCCAUUUUUAAAAGUUAUUAGGGGGUUCAUGUUUUCUAUGAUUGACACUUGAUACAGCCUAUGGGCGUAUGAAGAUUGUGGGGCUCAUCCAGGGAUACGCUGUUUGAGCCGAGCAUCAAAUGCGUCAAAUGUGUACAACGCUACUGCGCAGGAAGUGAAGAAAAUUCCGAAAAUACAGAGAGCAAUUCGGCUUCAAAUUCAUAUCUUAGCAGAAGGCGGAAUCAAGUCGUCCAUAGUAUAUACAGUCUACGGUGCUGUCAUGUUACAAGGCAAAGGAAAAACAGUGUGGUUUAUAUGAGGCUGAGUCUUUAAAAUUGAAGUAUUGCAGUGUUUAUUGAAGUGUAAUGCAAUACUUGUCUGCGAGCCCCUUUUCCGAGGAUGGGAGGUUUUCUGAGCAUCAGAACAGCAUGAUUGUUCAUAAGUGUGGUCUUUGUGACUCAGCAAAAUAAGAGUGAAAGGUCCGUCCACUGAGGGGAAAAAGGCAACAAAAGACUGUACAUUUUCUGAGUCAUUUCAAUAUAUAACAGAUCAAUGGCUUCUGGCACGUGAAUGAUGGGGACACAAAACAGCAAACAGCCCUCAGAAUAACAGUGGAUUUGUGGUCACAGGGUCACAGUUCCUAAAGUAGCACGCGCCUUUGAUUACUGUCAUGCCAAGUACUUCAGUUUCAAAGCACUGAUGUGAUUCAGAAGUUGACAGGAGUAGCCUUUAACAUGGGAAUAAGGCUGAAAGUUGAGGACCCUCAUUAUCCGUUUCUCAUAAAGUUAGUGCACACCUACAGACCCGGUACGAGGUCAGCUGAUGUCCCCUUUACCUGAAGGUGGACAGUCUCAUUUUCACUAAUGUGUAAGGGCUCCUUCACAAUUUAGUGUCAUAAAUCAGCUCCUGAUGUAUUUGUGUCCCUUGACAAGCCUUCUAAUGUGCAUGUGAUUCAACUUGACUGUGUUUCUACCCGUUACAUUCAGUUACGACCGGUCAGGUCCCACUCAAUAAGCUAGAAAUGGCAGCUUCUAUUUUUGUUAUCUGGUGUUCAAACUUUCCAUUUGUACGGAGUUUCAAACUGAUUGUCGCCCCAAGGUUUCCAGCUAGAAAUCCUCCCGCAGGUGUUGCCAAAAAGCAAAACUACUGCCCUCUAGUGUCUCGAUUGAGGAGGUACUUGUUGCCCAUGCUGAUCAAAACAACCCUGUACAGACUGAAAUGUUUGCUUUUUGUACUGCAUUAUUGUAACUGUACAAUAAAUAUAUUUAUGAAACAGUUUAAAUAAAAUAAAUCAGUGAAAUCUCA